AACCCCGGAGUCACUUGAUUUGUCCCAACAAGUUACAAGAGUUUGUAGCUUGGUGUGAAUGAUGGACAGUUCCAAAGGAGAGGGUAACCACGUUCUGUUGACGACUUCUCCCAUCCAGGGGAAGCGAGCCCCACAUUACCAAACCGUGGGCGCGGAAACGUGCUCCAACUCCCGUUCGGCUGAGUGCCGAGGAUCAUCUGGAAGGUUUCCUAUCUUACACGGAAUCCUUAUGUGCCAAUUCUCCGGCGUGGGAUACAACCGUGCGGCCAAGAUUAGGUACCGCAUCCCGGAUUCCCGUCUCCCUGAUAGCCAUGGCAGCUAUAAUCGCUACGAAGCACUAAUUAAUUCUGGCUGACGAAAAAUGCUUGUGGCAUGUUCGUCAUGCCAGAGCACUGAUAAAACCGUAUGAUGACCGCCCGGAAGAGGUACCUCUCACUGACCGUCGUGCGCUUCGUUCACCAUGAGACGAAGUCAUUUGUCGGCGGCCGUUGCUGCGCUGGCGGGGACAGCCAUUGGUGAUUCAACCAGCAGAUACUGCGACGAAGCCUCAUCGAUAUGCUACUCAGGGUGGAACAGUGGGAACGGAGUUACUAUUGGCGUUGCCUUACCGAAGGUGGCAAAGGCACCAUUUGACACCGUUCUGCAAAUCAUAUCCCCCGUUGCGAAUGGAUGGGCAGGCUUUUCAUGGGGCGGUACAAUGCCAUAUGUCCCUUUGACGAUUGGCUGGCCUAAUAAUGCGUCAAAUACCGCGAUAUAUUCUUCUAGGAUGGCAUACGGCCUGAGUCUACCGCAGCCAUACGACGCUGCGGAAUAUACGUACCUGAAAGGAACGGGCCUGAAUGCGACACAUUGGACGCUCAAUGUCCGCUGUCGAGGCUGCAGUCAGUGGCAGGACGUGGAUGGUAACCUCGUUUCAUUGAACCCGUCCGACACCGCGGCCCCCUUCGCACACGCAUUUGCAAGCAAACUUCCUGCACAGCCUGCAAACAAUCGAUCCACAUUCAAUGUUCACACAAAGUUUGGGCAUUGGAGUCUUGAUUUGACACUGGGGCAAAACGAGGACUUUGAUAAGCUUGUUGCUGCAAACUUGGUCGAAGAGCAGCCUCCUGCUUCAAGCAGCGUCUCUUCGACUAGUUCGAUACCAACUUCUUCCAAGGUCGAAGAGCAACCUCCUGUUUCGAGCGGCGUCUCUUCGACCAUCUCGGUGCCAACUUCUGUUCUGCCCUCAACACUGAGCACAUCCAUACGUCCAACAUCCACACCAGACCCGGUACAGACUGGUGUCCCGUCAUCCUGCUCUGGGGUCGAUCCUCUCCACUUCCCUCUCCUAACGGCUCCUGGUUGGAAAGCCGUGAAAGUUGCCGGCGGCCUGACGCAGCCCCGGGGUGUCAUCUUCGAUAAGGCCGGAAACCUUCUCCUGGUACAGAACGGUCUCGGAAUCACCGGUCAGUCCGUCGGUCCUGACGGCUGUCUCGGCACUGCGAAGAUUGUCGUCACGCAGCGAAACCUUAACCAUGGUAUCUAUCUCAGUGCUGGUGGUAAAACGCUAUUCGCCAGCUCCGCCACAUCUGUGUUUGCCUGGGACUACGAUGCGGCGACUAUGAGCGUUUCGGGGUCGUCCAGGAUCAUUGUGACGGGCAUGGACAGCAAGGGGCACGUUACGCGGACUCUGACCAUCCCGCCAAAACGUCCGAAUCUUCUGGUAGUGUCUCAUGGGUCCAACGACAAUUUUGAUUUCGAAUCCGGCAAUAUCAAGGUGGGACGAUCGUGCGUCAAGGUAUUUGAUAUCAGCAAGGCGCCAGCCGGCGGCUACAAUUACGCUGCUGAUGGCUAUAAUUUGGGUUAUGGAUUGAGGAACGAAGUUGGACUGGCGUUUGACGGCGAGGGAAUGCUUUGGGGAAUCGAGAAUUCCUCGGAUGAGAUCCACCGCACAGUCAACGGCAAAUCCGUCGACAUCCACCUCGACAACCCAGCCGACGAGAUCAACUUCCUCGGGGACCCCGCCAAAGCGAACAAGGACUGGUAUGGGUACCCGACCUGCUACACGGUCUGGAAGCCCGAUGUCAUCACCGAUCGCAAGUUCCGGGUGGGAGACCAGUUCGUCCUUGCUCCCAACGCGACGUUUUCGGACGAGACAUGUAAGUCCAAGAGCAAGGCGGCCAAACUGGCGAUCCAGGCACACUCGGCACCGCUUGAUGCCGUCUUCAACAGCAACUUCACGAGCAUGUACAUCACCCUCCACGGCAGCUGGAACCGUAGUCCGUCGACUGGUUAUAAAGUGAUCGAGGUUCCCUUCACCAAGCGUGGUGGGAAUUUCUCCCCGACGGCACAGCUGAGCGCAAGUGCCAAUGGUUAUAAUGAUAUUCUCUGGAAUCCGGAUGUCGAGCACUGUUCGACGACGCAGUGUUUCAGGCCCGUGUCGAUUGCGAAGGACCGUUUCGAGAGGAUGUAUAUCACGAGUGAUAGUGGAGCAGAAGGAGAGAUAAUCAUUUUGGGAAGGGCAUAGAUGAGAAGGGUAUAUAUCCGACUAGACCGGGGGUGAAUUCAUCGGCGAGGUGCCUUUGGGGCAUUUUUCCCAACACGUAGCAUGUAGCAUGAUAGCAUGGUAGCAUGGUUGUUAUUCGAAUCUUAGGACUCGGGCACUUCUGGUUAAAAUUCACUGCGUUCUCGCGGCACUCG